UUAAAAAAAAAAAAAAAAAAAAAAACGGAUAAGAGCUGAAAACACUCUCGUUCAUCUUCAUCUUCAUCUUCUUCACAGUUCUCUGUAGAAUCUCCAUGCAUUUCUAACAAUCAAUUCAUCAAUGGCGUCCAGUAUUCUCGCUCAGACGAUGUUCAUGUUCCCAAAGUCCUCCGCUCAAUCUCCAGUCAGCUUCAAUUCACUAGCCUUCUCAUCCGUCGUAUCGCGUAGUUCUCGGAUUUCACUCACCGCGAAUAUGAAAUCAAGCGUAUGUUCUCUCGUCGCGAAAUCAGAGAGAAAGUCCUUCUCGAUUAGGUCUUCUUCUGCUGAAGCUGAUAUAGAAGUGGAAGCUGUAGUUACGGAAGUUGUUUCCGAGGAGAAACCGCCAAGAAAGCAACGAGUCAAGCUUGGGGAUAUAAUGGGGAUUCUGAAUAAGAAAGCGGUUGAAGCAUCAGAGAGUGCUAGACCUAUUCCUGAUAUUAGAACAGGAGAUGUUGUAGAGAUUAAACUGGAAGUUCCUGAGAACAGACGUAGAUUAUCUAUAUACAAAGGAAUCGUGAUGUCGAGGCAGAAUGCUGGUAUACACACUACAAUUCGUAUACGCAGGAUUAUUGCGGGGAUUGGUGUUGAGAUUGUCUUCCCUUUGUAUUCACCAAAUAUAAAGGAGAUUAAAGUUGUGAGUCAUAGGAAGGUGAGAAGAGCUAGGUUAUACUAUUUGCGAGAUAAGCUUCCUAGGCUUUCGACAUUCAAAUGAGAAGAGAAUUGUCGCAUUCAAUCAAGUAAUUCGCGUUUCUCCUUUGUUUUUUGUUGUGUUUUGAACUCUUAAUCUUUCUUUUGUGUGUAUUAAUGGCGGCAGCAAGAACAACAAAUCAUGGUAUUUUCAAUUGGGUAUAAAUUAGUUUGCAUUCUUUA